AUGGAAACCUACGCAGAUGCUCAAGACACAUCUGAUGUUGGGGAUGAUUUUAUCUAUGCAAGAACGAAACAUGAUUUUAUUGAUUCUAUUCUCAAUACUGCUCAACUACAUGAUGGAAAUUUAUUGCAAGAUCUCUUAAAUGUAUCACGUAUGCAUAAAAUUUCUACAAUUGAUUUUAGUCCCACACCAAAUGAUACUAGUCCUGAUAAUGUUGAAGUUGGUAUUGAUCAUAUAUGGAAAACGAUUGCAAUAAAUCAUUGGUUAGUUUGUCAACGAUUAAAUGCAAAUGAUGUAAAUCAAGCCUAUCAGUAUCAAUUAAAAAAAUUUCACAGUUUAUUAGCAAUCUUCAAUAAUUAUUCAAAAUCAGUAGCAGGCUUAUCCGAUAAUGAAAAUGAUGAGUACGGAGGUAGACAAAUAACGUCCUUGAAUAAUAUGCCAGAUGAACCUACUUUUUUACUACCAGUAUUUAAUCGUAUUGUACAUGAAUUACGUUUAUUAUCACUACUUGUUCACUAUAAUAAUGAUAUAAACAAUGAGAAUACUGACCUCGAUGAUGAUCUUACAAAUAAUAGUACAGUCUCAACAUGUAUUAACUUAAUAUCAUCAGCUAUGAAUGUUGUCCAACGUUUACCCUCAACGGGUGUGGAUUUACAAUCUACGUCAAGCGAACGUUUAUUAAAACAACAUACGCAACAAGAAUCACGUACAUCACCUGUCAUUUAUUCAUCGUACAUCUUGACUUAUCGGUACUUUUUGGCAAAAUCUCUAAUGUUCAAACAUCGUUAUGAUGAAGCAAUUGAACAUUUUGAAUAUGUAUUUAAAAAUUCUUAUUCACAGACAUCAUCAAUUAAAAAUAAACAAAAGACGUUGUUAUAUUUAACUAUAUGUAAAAUGUUAUAUGGUUUUACUCCAAAAUUACAAAUAAUUGAAAAAUACAAUUUGACAACACUCUAUAAUUUGAUAUAUCCAAUUAAAAUUGGAUCGUUGGCAUUAUUUAAUGAGAGAAUAAAACAAUAUGAAGAAGAAUUAUUUGAUAAUGGUCUCUUAUUUUUAAUCGAGAAUCUUAAAUUGAUUUGUAUUCGAAAUUUAUUUCGACAUUAUCUUGUGGUAAUCGAAAAACAACAAUUAACAAAGAUACCAUUAGAGUCAUGCUUAUUGGUUCUAUUAAAUUUUCAACAAAAUGAAUUGUAUACAAUAAAUGAACUAAUUGAUCUUUUGAAUAUAAUGGUACAAAGUGGAAUGAUCAAAGGUUAUAUCAGUCAUAAAUUUCGUUUCUUCGUCAUUUCUAAAAAUGAUCCAUUUCCAAAACAAUAUCGUUUUACAUCAUUGUUAAAUAAUUAG